CGGUGAUUCACUGUAACUAUGCACGGAAGCCUGUUAAGCGAAAGCUUAUUCUAUUCUGUCCACGACCAUUCGAAGUAUUUGGGUCAGCGCGUAACUUAAGCUUAGCGUCACAUUGUGGCAAUUACUAUGAUAGACGGUGUGAACAGUAUGGUUGCUGAGUUAUAUUCGUAUUUUACGGAUGUUCAGAUAUCUUUUAUAAAAUAUGCUAUAACUGCUCUUCUGGUGACAUCUACAUCUUUCUACUUGUUGCGAAAAAGCCUCGGGAAAGAGCCUGUCACCGUCAACACGAAGAAGUCUAAGACACGCGUCAAGAAAAGCAAAAGUAAAUCUUCUGAUGGUAGGACAUCGUCAUCGGAUGGUGAUCACGCAGAAAUAAAAAAAUCUGUGAUCCCGCCACGUAACACAACUAUUAUGAAUACUCAAAAAUCACGUAUUCCUGUCUCUACAACCGUUGAAGUGUCACCAAUGUUUCAAAAUCUUGCUAAAGAUGAUCCUGAAAACGAUGACAAAGGCGAUAAUUGGGUUACUAUUAAAAAAGGGAAGAAGAUCACAGAUCAGCGUCCAAAAUAUAAGGAGACUAGUAAAGAAACUAAAACAAUUAUCUCAGAGGUCAUCACGUCGAAAGGCGAAAAUGGUGAAAACUAUCUGUUUGCGAGUACAGAAAGCGGUGUGGAGCCUGUUCCUCUGAAGGUAUCAAAAAAACUGCCACCUGUCCCACAAAUUCCGACGUAUAAGUCAGCCGUUUUCGAAUCUGAUGGCGAUUGGCACGAAGUUCGAUCCUCAAAAAAAUGGCGCAAGACGGUGAAACAAUAAGAUCACCAUACAUACAAAGUGUACAUAUCCCCUGUGAUUUCUAAAAGUGCCUACUUUGCUGUUAUCCUACUUUUGUUUUUCCAUUCCAUUAUCCUUAUACCAACCAUAUUACUCAAGUUCUAUACUUACUAGUGUACUGUAUCACUUGGGAUUUAACAACUGUCAGAUACUAGAACCAAGAUUUGGUCGUCAGCUUCAUCUUUCUUUUUGUCUCAAUGUCCAUUAUUUUGUAAUAUGAUUCUUGUGUUCAGUAUUAUCACUUUUCAAACUGUAGUGUUCUUGUCAGGUAAAUAAUAAAUAAUUUGACCCAGUUUGAUCAAUAAAAUAUGUCAUUGUUACCAAUCUUGUUGAAUAUGAUGUGUACUUGUGGUCCAUCUAGUAUACAAAUAUCUCAUGUAUUGGGUAUUGAGACCGAUUGCUGUCUUAAUUUGAAACUCAGUCCAAACUGUAAGUACAGUUUGAGAAAACCGAAAUGUUGCUUCGCCCCGUCGUUAUAUUUGCUCCUCCGAGUCAGUAUCCGUCGUCAAAUUUUAUAUAGAUUCACAACAUUUUAUUAAUCACUUUGAUGGCGCAUUUAGAAUAUUGAUAGCCUUUAUGAGAUUCUGGGGAACCUUUGAAUCUAGUUAUACAGGAACACUUAUGCAAACUGCCUUGUAAAGCCAAACCAAGUUUGGUUCCCGUCCUACAUCUUUUUGUCCUAGUCUAUAAUGUAAAGAAGCUGAAAACUAAGGUAGUAAGUCUGUCACUGACUGUAAAUUGAUCGGUAUCUGUGUCCUUGGCAAUGUAUUUACGUGAUCAGUUUUCCUUCGAGAUCAUGAUUACUUUUUAGUCAUCCGGAGGAAGAUGUUCGUGUGAGACUUCUAGGAAAGUCAAAAUUGCAAUUGUUAUUACCCUGUGUGCCUUUUUCACGUUUGGGCUUGUCUAAUACUGACGUUCUGUUUAAAACUAUCUCAGUUAUGUUGCAUUGAAAGUCUUGGUGAUCUAUUCUAGCUAUGCAAAAUCAUCUUAGGACAUUGAAGACGUAUUUGUGGAUGUUUAUAUUGGUUUUAAGUUUAUGAAUAUUACUUUAAAUCGAGACCGCCAUAUGGAAUAAGCUUCUAUGGUUGAGACAUGGCUUACAGAAGUGUCUCAUUUUACGUUCCGAAAAGACAGGUUGCAUCGCCUUCGAAUGACAAUGAUUGUAGCUUGGCAUACAAGUGAAAUCAAACUAAAGUUAGUCAAUAACGUUAUGAACUUCCGAUGACUGAGAUACGUUUUGCCAGUGUUCAUAUGCCACGUACCCUGAUAUGUUGUCUCCAGUCGACCUGAAUAGCAAGUUAAUGUAAAUCCUCCAAUUCUUUAUAAGGUUGAAAAAGCUAUAGGAAAGCUGAAGCAUGGGAGAGCAGCAGGUCCUGACGGGCUUACCCCUGAUAUUUUUAAGGAUGGCGGUCGAGUACCAGCAGCGAAAUUGACUGAGGUCUUAGGUAGAAU